AGCACAAUUAAGUCGCCAUCUUGCAGAGUUUAUCGCUUUAGCUAUUUUUAUAAUUGAUAUUUCUGUUGAUAUCUUUCAAUCGACAUCCUUUAUCGGCAUCCUUUUUUUAUCCAUAAUUAUUUCUUUAAAUUCUUUACUUUAAUCACUAUUCUGACAUCCGUCCGUGUAUUAUGAUAUAUUAAAAAAAAAGCUAGCAACAUUGCAUGUGGCAACACUGUUCGCAUUUUGCACUUUAAACAAGGGCAUUAUCGAGAGGAAGUGUCGUGAGAGAAAAUAUCUUAUACAUAUUUAGAAGGUGAAAGAAGAAGGCUGUGAAACGUAAAACGCUGUGGCUUCGAAUAAUCUGUUUCUCGCUCGAAUCAAACAUCAUGGAUGAUUUGCAGAAUUACAAGUUACAGCUCCAACAGGUGGAAGCAGCUCUCACGACAGAUCCGAAUAACGAGGAGUUGAUAAAGCUGAAAUUUGAUUUGAAGGAAGUAAUAAAGCUGACACAUGAUUUAAUUAAGUCACAACAACAGGAAAAAAGACAAGCCAAUGGCAUGGAUGCUAAAGAUCCUAUUUUGCUUGCAGUUCUGGCCAAUAAAUGGAAGGUCGGCGAUCAAUGUAUGGCACCUUGGAGCGAAGACGGCAAAUAUUAUGAAGCAACCAUAGACUCGAUAAGCGAAGAUGGAGUUGUAAACAUAACAUUCAAUGAAUAUAAAAACACUGAUGUCACCAUGCUCAGUCAAUUGAAAUCUGUUGCUAAGAGGCCAGCAUCAGACUGGGCAGAUCAAAAAUCAAAAAAAAGGAAGAUGCAAGCAGCUGCAGUGGCAGGUACAGAUCCAAACAAACAAAGAGAAUAUCUUAAGAAGAAGAAGCAGAGGAAAUUACAGCGAUUUAAGGAAUUAGAAGAAGAACGUGAGUUAGAGAAAAACAAAUGGUUAGCGUUUACCAAUAAGUCUUCAAAAAAAGGCGUCAUAAAGAAAAGUAUCUUUGCAACACCAGAGAAUGUGAAUGGUCGCGUGGGAAUUGGUACCUGUGGCGUUAGUGGUCGAGAAAUGACGAAGUUUAGUAAUGGAGAAAAAUGGAGACGAGGAGCUUAAAUAACUUAAAUGUAAAUAAAUAGAUUAUUAUCCUUAUAACUUGGUGAGAGAUAGAAGAGAUUUUUGCAGAACUACUAUUAUAUUAAAUAUUAAAAAGAGACUGCUGAUUUUUCACGAAAGUUGGUAUAGAUCGAAUCAAUGCGCGCAAUCGAAGAAUGGCGAUGAUGUGCGCAAAGAUGAUAAAUUUUGUUAAUACCGACUCUGUAAUUUCCGAAAUAAUUUCGGAUUUUUUAUCAUAACACAAAAUUAACUGCGAUAAAUGUGAAUAUCUUUUUAGAUUAAUGUUUCUGU